CGAACCUGACCAACGCCACCAGAACUGGGCAAUGAAGUUGAAGUACUCAAGCAUAUCGCGGACCCUCUAAUGACGAGUUCUUAUUAAGGAAGAGUAGUUAAAUUCGAAGUAUCGCCAUUGAACCAUUCUUCGUACUUGACAUCCAUUUGAUCAAUCAAUACAUUUUCCAUUAAUUGAUAUCCGUCAAAUACGCGACCAUCUUUGAAUAAGUAUAUAACUCUCACAAAGAAGGAGAGCAUCUUUGGAAAUCCAUACAUACUGGGAAUCUCCCGCAUUUGCCACAUCUCCCUCCGGACGCAAUUCCGAUCCCAUACAUAUAUACUACGAGCGAGGAGGGACCGUCACGCUCUCUCCUUUUCUUUCCCUUCUGAAUCCUCUUUCUACACGGAAUCAAACAUAAUGAACCCUUUCCUCCGCACCGGCCCAGCUACCAGGGCUGCUAGCUCGACGACGAAGCUAGUCUCGAACCUCUUCCGAACUGCUGUCCCGCUGCCCUCGCGGAGAUCGUAUUCUCAUGAAGCCUAUGGCGGGGGUGACGAGCCACGAGGCCCGACGAAAACUGGCCAGGAUCCGAGUCCGACGAGAAACUUGGAGCAUCCGGGCCCACCACCACCCAACGUCUCCAAAUCCACUUCUAGCAACACCAACAACACAGGAUCCCCCUCCCCCUCUACACAACCACGCCAGAAAACCAAUGAAUCCCAACCCGGCUCCGCACCCUCUCCCGAAUCCGCCUCUUCUCAAAAACCCUCCCGCGAACCCGGCACCUCGACAUCAUCCACGGCCCCGCCCAUCCCCUCCAACAAAGCCCAUCCGACACUGAACGACGGCAAGCAAUCGCCCAACGUCGACGAGAGAGGCGAACUCAAGCCUGAUGUUCCCGAUGAUGUGAAGAAGCAUAAUCAGGAGAUGGAUCAGAGGUAUGAUAAGUCUUAUAAUAGGAUUGGGGAUGGGGGGAAGGUGGAAAAGGGGUUUUGGAAGGAGGAGAGGCCGGAGUAGUGUAUCAGUAUUAUUAGUACCAGUACUAAAGGUUUUUUUUUAAUCCAAUCUCUUGAAGGGUGGUAUUGGGUUUCGUUUUCUGUUUUUGUUAGAAUGUAUAUGGUACAUACUCUAGUUACUAGUUACUAGUUACUGGUUAUAACUUACAUUACGUUAAUAUGGUGUUGUGUUGUGCAUACAGAAUGUAGACUAAAGACGGCGUGGGCUUGGGAUUAAGCUAUUCUUCUUCUUCUUCUUCUUAUCUAAAUCAACUGGUUUAGAACUAGUUGGAGUAUUU